GAGAGAAAGAAGAUUGAGUCAAUUCUUCAGUUUCUCUCUCUCUAUAAAUAUGACGUAACGCCACAUUCAAAUAUCAGCGGUAACUCCCGCGCUCAAUCAAAUUCAGGCUACCUAAUGGAAGAUUCAUCAAAAGAAUUAGAUCCAUCUCUCAAACUUGCUAUAGCAGUGGCGUUAGCUCAUUCCAGGCGCCGCCAGGGGCUUCCUCCUCCGUCCGCCACUACUACCUCUGCUCGCGACGACGAUUCUCGAGAGAAAUGCGGUGACAAUUCUGAACCUGAUGCGAUCAAAUGGAAAAAUAAGGCCAAGCAGAGGAAAAGAGAAAUUCUUAAACUGAAAGAAGAUCUAAAAAUUGCUGAAGGAGGGAUGCAACAUGAUCUAUUUCCCCAAAAUGUUUCGUGCAAAUGCUAUUUCUAUGAUAACUUGGGGCAUCUAAGUCCUAAUCAUGGAUCCUAUCAGGACAGAAUCAAUGAUGUGCUUCGCCGUAGAUUUCUCAGACAAGUGAGAUUAGCUGAGAGGAAGAAAAGAAGACUUAAUGGCUCGUUAGUGCAAUCUUAUAUUUCAGAUACUGCUGUUGAGAAUGAAUUGGAGCAGUUGAAAGCUUCAGUUGAUUUUCUCGUGGAGCUUUGUGAGACUUCCUCUCCUACCGGAGCAGAGGAAGCUAAUUUCAAAAAUCAGUCGCACCAGGCCGCUGACUUUAUUCUUGCUGCAUUAAAGGAUUUGUCACUGGGUGGGAAGUUAGAUGAAACCACUGAAAGCAUUGUCAGUUGCUUGAUCAUGCGGCUGAUGCAAAUGAUGUGUAAUGGAUCACAAAGAGAUGAAUCAGUUCGCUAUAGUUUCCAGAAUUAUGAUCAGCAUUUGAUGCGCAAGCUUGGAAGCGACCCCUAUAUCGGUCAACGCAUUGUUCUUGCAGAUUCUCAGAGGAUUUCUAUGGCUGCGGAAAGUUUACUCUUCAUGGAUCCAUUUGAUAAUGCCUUUCCGAAAAUCCAUAGUUCCAUAUACCUAAUGAUUCAGCUAAUCGAGUUUCUGAUUUCAGACUACUUACUUUCUUGGUCAACUAGGCGAGACUUCGAUUCAAAGCUUCUUGAAGAUUGGGUGAUAUCUGUUUUUCAUGCUCGAAAAGCUUUAGAGCUCUUGGAGACUAGGAAUGCUCUAUACAUACUAUACAUGGAUCGUGUGCUCGGGGAGCUGACUAGACUUCUGGGUCGGGAUCCCUUUCCUCAGAUGCUAAAAUCAGACACUCUUGAUAGAUUGUUUGGCUGACUGUUACACUAAUACAACGUAAGUCACACUAAACAUCACAUUUUCAAAGUAGGAAUUAUGUGAUCACUCUCAGCAUAGGAUUUUGCUUAUCUUUUCUGCUACUUCUGAGUUCUGACCAUACCUACUGCACUAGCUGGUUUUAUAUACUGCAAUCUUGGUAGCAUUAUUUUCAUGAUUAUAACUUUGAGAUAAUUUGCUCCGACUUCUUCUUUCACAAAUCAUGCAUGCAUGCCAUAAACUUGAAAAAUGUAAGGCCAAAUCCACAUACUGAAGAUGGCCUGAACUCCCCUUAUUAUUACUAUUAUUAUUAAUUUAUUAUUCAGCACACACACACAGAAUCUAUGUUGUUAUAUAUCUGAAAACGCCCAUAAUCGUGUGUGCAUGGAAUAAUUUUGUGACUGCUUUGCGUUCUUACUUUAAUGUCCAUCAUAAUGGAGGCACCGGAAGUAAAUUUUGAUUCUAGAUCUCUAAUCAAAUGUGGAAAGUCAACAAAUCUGAGUCGGUUGCUUUAACCUAUAGACAAACUUUGCCUCAAGCCAAUUAAAAUGCCGUAUGCUACUGCAUUAAUUACUCGGGUCAAUUUUGGCUUCUUAUAUAGAUAGGAAAUCCAUAUACCUCUAUAAUCAUAUUUCUUGCUUGUAUAUUUUAAUAUUUAGAUAUCAUUUUCAACUAUUUCCAUUACCACUAAUGACACGUCAACUACGUUGAAAUCUACGGUACAUGACCCUUAGUUUCUUGCACUCCAUCCCCCACCACCCACCCCACUACUGAGUCUGACUACUUCCAUAUUAUCCAUUAAUCUUUUUCCGUCAUAUCUUAAUCAGCAAUGAGACUGAAUUAUGCACUCUCUCUCAUGGUAGCAGUAAUCUUGGCGUCAUCUCAUUUUCCUCUCCCGACGUCGACUGCUCAUGCAAUAAUCUCUGUUGGAAUCGAUGCCCCGUCUAUAUAUAUGCAAGAGGCGCCGCCGCUGAGGUCUAGGAAGAUGGUGGUGGUGAACAAGAGGAGGGUGCGCACCACCAUCCCACGUGGCGCCCAUGGCAGCUCCAAAUCUUGGGCGUUUCGCAGCAACCCAUCUCUGCUUCAAGUUUGUUUUCUUCUCGUUUUCUCCAUCUCUCUUGUGUUUAUAGGAAGAUGAUGGCGAAAGAUGUAGUUGUGAAUUUCUUUAUAUUAAUAUGUUAUUGCGUGUAAGGCUGUGAUUUUCGAGUGGCUAAUUUCUUGGUUGUCUGCAGUCGUCGUGUGUUCACUAAACAUUUCUCUGGUUGUGCGUGAUUCCAAUUUGGGUUCUUUCAAA